CAAGCUUCUGGACUAAAUCUCUGAAUGUGUAUCUGACACCUCCCUUUGCUGAGCUCCGGAGGCCCAGUGACCUCCUGGUAAUCAACCUUGGCGGGGCGCAAAUACCCACCUCCUGGAAAACUCACAUAGCCUAACAUCUGCCUGUGAGGAACUUUCAGAAAGACCUCACAAGUACCCACCCAAUCUUGUUUGGCAAACCAAGCCCAUUUCAUCAAAAGAUGGUAGAGGACCUAGCAGCCUCUUAUAUUGCUCUGAAAUUGGAGAAUGAAAUUCUGCAGGCCCAAGUGCAGCAGCUCAUGGAAGAAAAUGCUGCCCUGCAGGCCCAGAUGCCACAGCUCCAGGAGCCCCAAGCAGACAAGGAGGAUGAACCACUCCAGAAGCCCUCAGAGGCCCAGGAGCCCCAGAAACCCCCAGAGUCCCUGGAUCCCUCAGCAGCUUUGGAGCCCCAAGAGCCUCCAGAGAUCGAGGCACCCCAGAAGCCCAAAGAGCCCCAGAAGACCCCAGUGGCCCAGGAGAACCAAAAGCCCUUGGAGCUCCCAGCAGCCCCAGAGUCCCUGGAGCCCCCAGCAACCCGGGAGCCCCAGGCACCUCCAACGGUCCAUGGGCUCUCAGCAGCCUGGGAGUCCCAAAAGCCCCCAGAAGUCAAGGAGGCCCAGGAACCCCCAAAUACCCAGAAGUCCCAGAAUUUAGAGCCCCAGGAUCCUUCAAAUGCACAGGAGCCCCAGGAGGCACCAGAAUGCCAGGAGACCUCAACAUACCUGGAGCCCCUUGAGCUUCUUGCUCCCCAGGAGCCUCUGCAGCCUCGAGUGCUCCAGGAUCCCCUGGAUCCUUCAGAUGCCCAGGAGUUCCUAGAGCUUUCAGCACCCCAGGAGUCCCUGGAGGGCCUAAUAGCUAUCGAAACAUCAGCAGCUUCAGUGUUCUCACGGUCUCGCAGGGGGUUAAAGGCUGGAGCUUUCCCUCUAGAAUACCCUUUAGCCUGCAGUGGGGAUGCCCUGAAGCCUCCUGAGUUCCUGGUUCAAUUGAGUAGUUAUAUGAGAGUCAGAGGGCACCUGUAUCCCACCAAAGCAGCCCUGGUGAGCUUUGUUGGCAACCGCUACUCAGGUGAGGCAGGAAAGUGGUUCCAGCCCUUAGUAGAUAUCCAAAGCCCCCUGCUGGAGCAAUUUGAAAGUUUCAUACAAGUGCUCCAGGGUACUUGUGACAAGCCAGAAAACAUGGAAGGUGCCAACCACAGCAUCCGUCAGCUCUGCCAAGGGGACAACCCUGUCCAUCAGUAUGCAACCCACUUCCCCCUCAUUGCUCAGGAGCUAAACUGGGAUGAAAGCACUCUCUGCAUCCAGUUUCAGGAAGGGCUUGCCAGUUCUAGCCAAGACGAACUGUCUCGCACAAGCCCAGCCACCAAUCUAUCUGGUUUGAUCACCCUGUGCAUCAAGCUAGAAGAGAAGCUAAGGGAUAAGCCUGAUCCAAAUAGAGAAGGGGCGAGUCCCUCUGAGGCAAGAGCUGGGCCUGAGAGUCCACCAGCUGAAAACCAGCCUGUGCAGCCUGCAAGCAAUCGCCCACACCUCAGUGAAGCUGAACGGGCCCGCCGCCGUGAAGGCCACUUGUGCCUCUACUGUGGUCGUCCUGGUCAUUUUGCCAGAGAUUGUCCUGUCAAGCCUCAUCGUGCCCAGCCGGCGGGAAACAUCGAGGCCCGGCGGUAAGGGGGAA